AGCAUACAACUCGGAUCAGAUUAGAUCCCCGUUGGCUUCUUCGAUUCGUUUCCGCCUGCUCAACACAGUAAAUUCAAAAAAGUGGAGUUUAGCUUCCUAAAUCCGCUCGCCCCAACACCAAAUUCCCUUUCGAGUGGACUGGAGUUCGAAUUAAAAAAAAAAAAAAAGAGAACGACUUCUGGAAACGUCAUCUCCAUCUACACCUUUGGAAGAAGCUUGAACAAUCCAUUCCGACCAUCGUGAGCCCGUACCAACAGAAAAAACAUCGCCAUCAAUAAGGCUAUUGCGUUGACUUCGCCUACGAGCAACGUUAAUCGGGCGGAACGACUACCAACUACCGCUACCCACCCACCACCACCACCCACCACCACCACCCACCACCACUACUACUACCACCACUAGAACUCGUUCGAUCGAAAAGAGAAAAGAAAGGAAGCAACACCGUUCGGGAGAUGACAGCGACUGCACCAGAUAACCUCUACCUCUCGCCAGACCAGCAAGAUCUCCUGCUUGCGGCAUUGACUUCGAAUUCCUCAUCUUCUCCAAUGUUCACGCCCGGAUUAUCGCACCACAUCGCGGGAGCGCCUCCGCAGCAGCAACAGCAGCAACAACAAAGAGACAACAACAGCAACCCACGAUCGUACGCGCACGGCUCUCCACCGGCCCUGCCCACCACAGAGUUCCCGCACGGUACACCGUUGCUGGAUGGAAACAUGGACUACGGGGAUUGGGAUGCGGAGUUUGAUCAGGAUGGAACGUGGGACUACGAUCUGGGCACGGAUCUGAUGCAUGACACGCCGCCGUCGACGUCGAAUGAUGGAAACGAAACCACGAACGGGGACACGCCGCAUCCGUCGUCGUAUAAUGGCGACAAGAGGAAGGAUCCGCCGCAGAGCGAUGGCACAGAUGAUCCUCAUGAGUCGGAACCGAAGAGGAGGGAUGACAAGGACAACAAGACGGCCAAGAAGCCUGGCCGCAAGCCACUCACAUCAGAACCCACUUCCAAGCGAAAAGCUCAGAACCGUGCAGCGCAGCGGGCAUUCCGUGAGCGCAAGGAAAAGCACCUGAAGGAUCUUGAGCAGAAGGUUGAAGACCUUCAGAAGGCGUCCGAGUCGGCCAACCACGAGAAUAGCAUGUUGCGAGCUCAGGUGGACCGGCUACAGACCGAACUCCGCGAAUACAAGAGACGCUUGCAUACCACCGAGCUCACGCGGUCGUCCUCGUUAGCCAAUAUGGGUGGAUUCCAGUUCGAUUUCCCGCCGUUUGGCAGUGGCAUCUUCGGUAGCCAGAAGGAUAGUAGUAAGGAUGGCCUUAAGCUCGGAACCGGGUUCAUUGAAAGGAUCAGCUCUCUCGACCCGACGCAGCAGCAGAAGAGGCCGUCGGCUACCCCUACAACUGGAAACCAUGGCAAUGGUUCGAGUAAGUCACUACCAAGUCCUCCGAGCACAGUAAACUCUAGCCUGUCGGAUCUGUUCAGCCCGUCUAUUAUCGAAUCGAUUAAUAAGUCUUCGUCACCAGAUUACAUGACCGGUGUCGAGAAUUCGAGUCUACAAAACACUCCCAAGCUCAAUGGUGGACGCGACCCUACAUCGUCCCCCUCUGCAUCGUCAGUCUCACAGCAUGGCCCAGGAUCCUCGUGCGGCACGACUCCGGAACCAUGCAACGGCUCGCCGACGUCCUUCAAACCUACAGAUCCCCUCGGCCCCAUCAGCGAGGAAGGUAUGACUACUCAUACUUCCCCCGGUGGUGAUACCUAUGUGUGCAAGUCCGGUGUCCUGGAUGGAGAGACCGAAACCACAUUCUGCGAGAAGCUUGGCAUGGCUUGUGGCAAUCCGCACAACCCCAUCCCGAAGGUGCCGCAGUUCAGCACCACAUCCGAUGCCACGACGAGCUCACUCGACUGGCUGUCGCAGCAGAGCAGCGGGAAUAACUUUGAUCCUGUGCUCUUCAACGACUACCGAGACCCUGUCAACGAUAUCAACACCACGAUAGGAAUGAGCUUCUUUGACGAUGCGUUCCCGGCCGUCAGCUUCGACACCACCGCGCCAGCACCCACCGCCAAUCCCACCACUGCCGAGUCGAAGAAGGAUCUUAUCGCUGCGAUAGAUGCCCUGAACGACGAGGACGACGACGAAGUCGUGCCAGCUGACGAUCCUAAGCAAAUGUUGAGCUGUAACAAGAUUUGGGAUCGGAUUAGCUCCCAUCCGCGGUUCGUCAGCGGUGAGUUGGAUAUGGAUGGGCUGUGCUCGGAGCUGAGGAGCAAGGCCAAGUGUUCCGAGGUCGGCGUCGUGGUUGCAGAGAACGAUGUGCAGGAGGUCCUGGGAAAGGUGGGGAUGUCGCAUAAGGAUAUCAUGUGAUCCGCGUGAUGCUUUCAUUUUUUGGACUUUUGUUUUUGGGUUCUUGGCUUGUGUUAACUUAUGUGGGAUGAUCUAUCUGCUUGGGAGUUUGAGGUUUUGGAAUUUUUUGUCGCUUUCCCCUGUCGAUGCUG